AAAGAAUACAAAUCUCGAUUUGACAACUCAUACUGUCAAGUUGCAUAGCUGCGAAUCACUACCACAUAUUAUCUAAAUCCCUAAAUCAAUCUAGUUGUUAUCUAGUUGUUGUUUAUAUAAAUUUAUAAAUCGCCUCAUCCUCUAACAUUGUACAAUUUCACACUUUCAAAAUGAUGAUCAAAUCCUCCCUAGUUACUCCAAUGCCUUCCAUUCAUACAACAACAAAUUCAAUGAAUCAACCAUACCAUUCUCAUUCCUCUUCCCUUCAUCAUUCGACUACCACCACUAAUAAUAAUAACCAUCAUCACAAUACACAAUUUUUGAAAUCAAACCAGAGCUCAAUUGAUGCCAUGUUCAGAAAAUUGAUGGAAGCCAAGUUUUCAUCAACACUUUCGGAUAUUGAAUCAAACUUUAACCAAUUCGAUAAUAAUUUAAGUUCAACAUUGAAAAUGAUUGAAUCAGAUUUUAAGAGCCUGUUCGAAACAAAAAAGAGAGGAAGAAUUAUUUCAUCUGACACCUCUUCGACAAUGUGUGAUCAAGACGAUUAUUCAACUGCCUCAGGAAGCAAGAAGAGAAAGAGAAGCAACUUUUCAAAGAAAGAUAAAGAGCUCCUUAUUGAAUGGCUUCAAAAUCACUCCGACUAUCCUUACCCAUCAGAUGAAGAAAAAGACGAAUUACUUGAAAGAGUCUCAAUGACCAAAGACCAAUUAGAAACAUGGUUUGUCAACAAUAGAAAGAGAUUACUCCCAACAGCAACAGCUAGAAAAACACCAGCCAUGUUACAAUGUGAAGAAUUCAACACUAAAUUAGAAAAGAAACUCGUUGUAUAAAUUAAUUUGUAUACAAUUGAAUUCUCUAAAGAAUAACACUUUUUAUUGAUCAUAUUUCUGAUGAGCGGUAACUUCCAAGAUUGGUUGAUUUUCAGUUGCUUCAGUUGCAGCAGUAGUGUUGGAUGUUUCUGUUUUUGCUCUCUCAGAUUUUGAUUUAAUCCACGAGGAGGAAGAUCUCUCAUAAUAUUUAACCUUCUUCUUUUUUCUUGAUGCAAUAAAACUGAAUGCAAUUCCAAU